UGGUUUGAUUGAAAAUAAAACAACACAACCCAGACAAAAAAAAAGUUGAAGAAUAAUAAAAUUAUUCUUCUGAAAUUCGUGAUUUGUGCGAAGUCUUCAACGGAGUUACAGAAGAACACUAUUAUCCGCUAUUGGGAAUUUCAAAACGCCGUCGUUAAAGGUUGUUCCUUCAAUGAUGGCCGAUGACAAAUCCCCCUCUAAGGUAAUUGGCCCCAGAGACAGAGAUCGAGAGCUUCUCCUUCCCAUCGCUAUUUCCGGCGAAGAUACCGAUGCCUCCAAGCCAUCCUCCUCUUCAUCAUCUGUUCAUCACGCCGGUCGUGAGACUUUUUACAAAGUUGUUAGGAGCUGGGCUUCAAAAAAGUUCAUGACUGGAUGUGUCAUUCUUUUUCCAAUCGCAAUCACCUUCUACAUUACGUGGUGGUUCAUUCAUUUCGUGGAUGGUUUUUUUUCACCAAUCUUUGCUCAACUCGGAAUCGAUAUCUUUGGUCUUGGAUUCAUAACUUCCAUAACCUUCAUCUUCAUGGUUGGCGUUUUCAUGUCAUCAUGGUUGGGUGCAUCUGUCCUGGGACUUGGGGAGUGGUUUAUCAAGCGAAUGCCUCUUGUUCGUCAUAUCUAUAAUGCCUCUAAGCAGAUUAGUGCAGCUAUAUCACCAGAUCAAAAUUCACAAGCCUUCAAAGAAGUAGCCAUCAUUAGACAUCCACGUGUGGGUGAAUAUGCAUUAGGAUUCAUCACUUCGUCUGUUGUCCUUCAGAAUUAUUCUGGAGAUGAGGAGUUAUGCUGUGUCUAUGUUCCCACAAACCAUCUUUAUAUUGGUGAUAUAUUUCUUGUCAACACCAAGGAUGUCAUCAGACCAAACUUAUCAGUCCGGGAAGGAAUUGAAAUUGUUGUUUCUGGAGGCAUGUCAAUGCCGCAGAUCCUAUCAACGCUUGAUUCACAUGCUCCUUUGGAAAUUAGACUUGAUAGAAGAUGAAAGUGAAAGAUAUAGUAGUUAUCGUUUAGUAGCUUACUUGUUUUCUAUGGAGUCAUCAGAAGGGAAGUGCAACCGACGUGGUUGCGAAUGCAGGCAUGGAAUGUUGAUCUAGGAGCAAGUGUUAGAUUCUGAUGUUCUGUGUAACAUUCAUCUGUGCAAUAGAAUGUAGAAUUUAGUGUUUGUUUGAAAAUAUAGUUUGGGUGAUGAUGCAGGGUUACUACAUUCUACUGAGGUAGGAAGGAGUCUCAAAUUUUCAAAUUUUCUACUUGUGUAUAUCAAUGCGGUCUCCACUUGUUAUAGCAAUUCAAUUUUGUAGUGCUGAUUACUUGCUUUCAGCUUAAUAUAUGGUGUUUCUGUGUAGUUUUCAAUUCAUUGUCGAAUUAACUUAUUCAAAUGUCACUAUUCUCAAUUUUUUGUGGGAUUUAUAUUUUA